UCGGUGCCCGGUGCCACGGGGAUGGGCUCCGUGGGGUCACGCCUCUGGGCGGGCGGGACGAGGUUCUACGGCCGCGCCCCCGGCACGGGUGGGUGGGGACAGAUGGGCCGGGGGCGGCCGGCGACCCCCGUCACCGCGGGACUCCCAGGGCCGGCGGGUGACAGAAAGCUGGAAUCCCGCGCAGACGGGCAGGGUCGGAGCCGGCCAGAUCUCUCGGCGUCGCUGGACAGGCAGGAACCGACCCGCCGGGCACCCAGCAUGUCCAUCAAGACACUCUGGCUGCCUCUGGCGUGGCUAGUGGCCACAGCCACGGUCACUGUCACCCCGGUGCUCACUCUGGAGGCCUCUCCCAGCUGGAUGCCACUGCUCAGAGAGUCCCCGACACCGUCUGUGCCCCCUGUGCCCCCUGCACCCCCUGCUCGUACCCCGGCUCCCUCGCAGGACGUGGGGCCCCACGUGCUGCCCGUGCCCACCCCCAGCGCUCACCCCGAGGGGCUGCCUGGCUGGGGUGUCACAGAUGCCCCCAGCCCCGCAUUGCCCGAGGGGGCACUGGAGGGGCUGGACACUGCAGCCAAUGGCACCACGGCAGUGCCCACACCUGGCACCAGCGCCCCACCGUGCCCUGGGGACGAGGAGCCGACCGACACCUGCGGGGAGCCCACGGGGGAGCAGCGGGCUGCCGUGGCCGAGGCUCUGGUCACCUUUGCCCUCCGCUUCUACCAGCGCAUGGCAGAGGAGGCCGGGCCUGACGUCAACCUGCUCUUCUCGCCCAUCAACGUCGCCAUGGGGCUCUCGCACCUGCUGCUGGGCGCCCGCGGAGAAACCCAGGAGCGGCUGGCCGCCCUCCUGGCGUACCCUCAGGGGCUGCACUGUGUGCACGGCGCCCUACAGCAGCUGGCCAGCACGCCAGGCCUCUUCUCGGCCGCCCAGAUCUUCCACCACCCAGAGCUGCAGCUCCGGCCCCGCUUCCUCAACGACUCCCUGCGCUUCUACGGCGCCCGCCCGUACGCCCUGAGCGGCAACGAGAGCCUGGACCUGCAGCGCAUCAACGCCUGGGUGCGGGAGGCCAGCAAGGGGCUGCUGCCCUCGCUGCUCUCCGCGCUGCCCCCCGAGCCCAGCCUGCUGCUGCUCAGUGCCGUCCACCUGCGCGCCGCCUGGUGCACGCCGCUGGACCGCAAGAAGACGGUGCUGCUGCCCUUCAUGCGGCCCGGGCAGCGCCCCCGCAAGGUGCCCACCAUGACCAGCGCCAAGUACCCGGUGGCCUCCUUCACCGACUCCCGCCUGCGGGUCCAGGUGGGGCGGCUGGAGCUGAACGGGGGGCUGAGCCUCGUGGUGCUGAUGCCGCGGGAGCCCUUGGAGCCUCUGGAGUCUCUGGAGCGGGCGCUGGACCCCGCCACCUUCCUGGCGCUGCUACGGCGGGCGGCCCGCACCGCGCCUCGGGCCACCGCGCUGUCCCUGCCCCGCCUGCGCCUCGACCUCACCCUGGACAUUGUGCCUCUGAUCCACGACAUGGACUUCGGGCUGUUCCUGGACGCGGAGCUGUGCGGGCUGGCGCGGGGCCCGGCCGCGGUGGACACGGCGCGGCACCGGGCGGUGCUGGCGCUGGACGAGGCCGGCGUGGAGGCGGCGGCGGCCAUGGCCACCUCGGUGGCGCGCUCGGCCCUGGUGCUGGAGGCCCUGCGCCCCUUCCUCUUCGUCCUCUGGCACAACACCGGCGACUUCCCCGUCUUCAUGGGCCGUCUCAGCGACCCCCAGCCCUGACUCUGCUCCUCCUGUCCCUGUCCUCCCUCCUCCCAUCCCUCUAUCCUUCCCUCCCGCCUCCUCCUCUCCCUCCAUCCCUGCUUCCUCCUCUCCCUCCUUCCUUCUGUCCUUUUCCCCUUUCCUCUCUCCUCUCCUCCCAUCCUUCCUUCCCUUGUCCUUCCUCCCUCCCUACCUUCCUUCAUCCCUCCCUCUCCCUCUCCCUCUCCCUCUCCCCUCCUCUCCUUCACACUCCCCAGGGCACCAGGGGGUCCCUGCUCCUCCCGUGCCUCAGUUUCCCCACCAGCUCGGGGUCCCAAUAAAUGCACCAACCACG